AACGUCUCUUCCGAAACAAAAUGAGCAAUGCUCUGCCAGAAAAGAAUGUCGUGCUGAGGUUUCCUCCUAUGCCGAAAGGGCAGGAAGAUAUCCAGGAAGAGACAUAUCAGCUCUUGGAGCUGCCUCCGGAGCUUCUUAAAGAGGUGGAAGCGUUGAAAGACAAGGAAGAUGGACAGGUUUUUCCUCUCACGAUAAAAGGCAGACCAUCAGACGAUGCUACGCUUUGUACUGCCGAUUCGACAUUUCUCCUCCGUACAGUGGGCAUUUCAAACUCCCUCCUCGUUUGUCUACCACCAUCGCCCAACGACCCAUCCUAUACACUCACCACUGACGAAGAAGAUCGACCUACUCUGCAAAUAAGAGAUAUAUGCCACCAGGUUCUCGAGUGCGUACCCGUGGCCCCAAACUUGGAGAGGAUUAGAACGGUGUUAAGGGCUUCCGCUUGGGAAGGGAUGGGGAGCGGGGGGUUGGGAAAGAGGAAAAGGGAGGAUGGAGAUGGACGGAAAGUGAAGAGAUGGACAAAGGAGCAGUUACGGAGUGUAGUACAGGCUAGUGAAGCUGAGUUGGAACAAGGAUUGAAAGAGAGGAAUGUGAUCGAGGUUGACGGGCGCAUGCUGUUACUUCCUUCCGUUCAUUUGAAGGAUUUCCUAAACAUUCUUCUUUCACUCCUUGCAAUCAAUUCCUCAAAGCCAGCCACUACGGCCCCCGCUCAAACUAUAAUCGCUGCUCUAGAAGAGUACGAUGUUCCUCCUUCUAUAUCAGUACCCGCCCUCAAUCUGUUUGGCACAGUGGAGGACGGACAGUGGACGGCCAACGUCGAGAGGAUGGUCAGGGAAGUAGGUCUGGGUAUUCUCUGUGCGGUCAAGAAAAAUAAGAAACGUGAUGAAUUUAUGUCGGAAUGGCAAGAGGAAGUAGGAGAGACAUGGCGUGAAUAUACGGAUCUCAAACUCCUAGAGGGCGAAUACAUCCUUUCUCCACCUCCACCAUCAGCGCUCUCAUUCGCUUCCCCUUCACCAUUACUGAGCUAUUUCCCCCUCGCUUCCCUGCCUCUCCAACCGGCCGAGCGGUUCGCCGAGCUUUUCCUUACCCGCCAACGAUGGCGUCCCGAGGAGAUGGCUCCUUUUCUUAGAGGUCUCACGAGAGACGGGGAUAGUAAAGGCAGGGAUAAGUUGGUUGCCAAGUUUGUCAGGAUAGUCAAGGAGAAAGAUGGGACAUGGUGGUAUCCUCGCAGAAGUGCGUGAUAAUGAUGGGUUUAUACAUGGAAUACGGUAUGUUGUAUAAAACUAUUUCAAGUGUGCUUGGUGAUUAUAUGUUACGAUUUGAGAGGAGGAUCAAAUGUUGGAGGAGGUCCUGAAGGUCCUUGGUCGUACGCGGCUGUUUUCAUGAUCAGCACAAGCAUCCUCAUCUCUCAAAAGAAUACUACUCACGCAAGUCUUCUUCAUCCCUUCCUCUCUCCUCAGCUCUGGAUCUCUCUCCCUCAAUAAUCUUCCACACCGCAUGUCCCGCCCCCUCCCCGACGAUAAUCUUGGCUUCCAAGACCUGGCCCGUGCCGGGAUCAGGCAGCGAGUUGGAUGACGGAGAAGGCAAGAAGGACAUACGAAUAUGGUUUGCGGAGAAUGUGGGAAGGUUGUAG